AGCAGCAACAACAAACAUGGAGGCGUCUCCGUUUGGCUUCAUACCGGAGCGGUACUGGACGGAGGAGAAAGAGAGGGCGCUCAUUGCCUUUUUCUCCAAGCACAGCUGUUUGUGGAACCACAAGUCCGAGAGCUACAGGAACCGACAACUGCGAUGGAAAACUCUGGAACACCUGAGGAUCCUUCUGUCAGCUCACCCUCCUCCAGUUCAGUUCUCAGUUGAAGACAUCAAGAACAAGUUCCGAAACCUGCGCACCACCUUCCAGCGGCAGUACAAAAUGGUGAAAGCAAGUGAGGUGUGCAGGUCGGACGACGUAUUCGUGCCACAGUGGAAACACUACCAGCAGCUCAUGUUCCUGCAGGCCUCCUGGGACCAGGAGGACGGCCAAGACGAGCUGCCACCACUUUCACCACCACCGAUGGCUCCACAGGAGGAGAUCCAGUCUGUCCCUAACCCCCCAGGACUUAUUAUCUCCUUCCUCCCCAACCAGGAGACGUCCCCCUCCUCCUUGUCCUCCUGCAUCCCCUCCAACAUGAUGGUGAAAUGUUUCUGGACUGAAGAGAGGGAGCGUGCACUCAUAGCUUUUUACUGUGACCAUGGUUGUCUCUGGAACAAAAAGUCUGAAAACCACAACAACCGUCAGCUCAGAUCCAGGCUGCUGGAGUCUCUGAGGGGCCAGCUGUCGGACCACACACUGCCUUUCUCAGUUGAAGACAUAAAGAGCAAGUUCAAGAACCUCCGGACAGUUUUUCACCGCGAGUACAAGGCGGUGCAGGCGAGCAGGGUGUCCGACAAUCUCUACGUGUCCAAAUGGAAACACUACCAGCAGCUGCUCUUCCUCUGCGAGUCGUGCGAUGAAGACAACAAUCAGGACGACCUGCAGAUACUGACGCCACAGGAGGACCUGGAACAUGGAAACCAAACCCCUUCAUCGACUCUGAGCAGCUUCUCCUCCAGCUCCACCCACACCACCACCAACAACAACAACAACAUCGUCAAGUUUAACAGCCCCUCCGCCCCCUCCAACGAUGCCAAAACCAACCCCAGUGCUGUGUACCAAAUCUUCCUCCCUGAGUGUCCAGACAUUCCCAAACUAGCAGACCAAAUGUCCACUCCCACACGCCCCACAUCUCCACCCUCUUCAUUCCCGGACGUUAAACCUCCCUCAGACACCUUUACUGUAAACUUCUCCACAUCCGGCUCAGCUCAUCCUGACAGCAGACUGAGCGCCGACUCCCGCUGCCAGUGGACUGAAGCGAAAGUUCAGCAUCUCAUUUCAUUUUACUCUGAGCACAGCUGUCUAUGGAACCACAGGUCAGAGAGCUACAGGAACAGACUGCAGAGGCAGGGCCUGCUGAAAAUGCUGAGCAGAAUCCUGUCUGAGAAUGAGCCUGUCCCGUUCUCAGUGGAAGACAUAAAGACAAAGUUCAGGAACUUGCGGACCACCUUCCAGCGGGAACACAAGGCGGUGAGCUCCAACAAAACGUGCGGCUCCGAGGACUUUUACCUCCCGAAGUGGAAACACUACCACAACCUGAUGUUCCUCUGCGACUCCUGCGACGAGGACGAACGACCUGAAGAGCUGCACUACAUCGAACCUCAGGAGCCCCGCCUCCUCCACCUGGACAGCCAGGCCCUGCCCCCACCGUUACAUUACCACAGCGCCACCCAAUCUGAAGCCAAACUGAACGUCACAUCACAGAACCUCGAAGCCCCGCCCUCACCUACUCCCCCGGACUCUCAGCGCUCCUCCCCUCCUCCUCCCCCUGCACCUCCCCUUCCUCUCGAACUGACAGCAGAGCGUCGGGACGCAAGCGAGCGAGCCGACGCCCCCCGGCUAUGUCCAGCGACGUUCUGGACUUCAUGAGGACGUUGUGUCAAAGGCAGACAGCGUCACCACAUGCCGGCUUCCUGAAGUACGUGGAGGAGUGUUUGAACGAGACGCCGCCGGACAAAGUGAAGAAACUGAAGAAGAAGAUAAUCGAGACGAUCCACAGCGUGUCAGAGGAGAGUUCACUCUAACCUUCAUUCCCUUUGCUUUACAACAAAUACUACAGUACACUUUUCUCAAGUGUCAUUUCAUUCCAAACUGAACCUUUUUAGAAACCUGUCUGAGAUCUAAGCUUUAUUUAUGUAGCUCACUGGUAACACAGAGGUCAUUUAAAGUGCUUUUGAACUCGUUUUCAAACAAACUCCUGAAAAUGUCUGCAAUAUUCCAGGACAGUCCCUGAGGUCUCCUGACUUGCCUCUUCACAUUCCCACCUCAGAGCGGGAGACUUUCCCUGUUGGAUGGUAGGGAGGGGGUUCUCAGGAGGAAAGACAUGAGAUAAAAGGUCGACAUGGAAGAUGAGGACGAAACACCAGCAUCAGAUGCUGUGAUAACAAGUUUUGGUUUUAUAUCUUUGAUACGUGUAUCAGUAUAAACAAAUGAGUGGCAAAGAAAUUCAGGUGGGUAGAGAAGAGUUCGCAGCAGCCUCUUUACGUCCACAAAAACCGCACUGGUUGCAUGAUGUAAACAUCAUCACCCUUACCCCUCUGGAGGGGAAUUUUCCUGACUGUUCCUGCUGCAAUCACACAUUGCUCAGCGAACAGCACGCAGAAAUUUUGCCUGGAAAAAUUGCAGGUACAGUCAGGGUGAAGAAAUUAGCUGUUUGCAUUCACACAUGCAGCACUCCCAGAAUAUUUUGGAGGUUUAUGCAUGAUGGAAAUCUCCAAUAUAGGCAAAAAAGGAAACAUUCAAAAUCAAGAAAGAUGAAAAAACACAAUAAAACCUUGAAAAUAGAAACAGUUGAAUUGUAAAAGUAGGUAAAAAGAGGGAAUAAAAUACAUUAAUAACAAUGUAGAUAACGGCAUCAUCAUCUGGACUCUGCAACCUGUGUCUGGUCAGUGACUAUUGGUUAUACACUACUUUUCACAAUGCAUUGUGGGAUACAUUGAGUCCAUUACGUAUAUAGGGUAUAAAAGUUUCCAUUCAUUAUUUCGGAAAACACUACAAAAUUAUUUUAUUGUGAAGUUUUUCACAACAUGAAUACAGGAGACUUCAGCUCCUGUUGACGUGAAAGUCCUUGUUCAAAGUUUAUAUUUGUUUGGAUUUCACAGCCAAUCACAUCUCAGUAGGGAAUAUAUCUAUAAACAAAAUAAUGCAUAUUUAUUAUCUUACAUUAUGUCACUAAUUUAAAGCCCCUCUGAUGAUGUCUUAGCUGGUCUGAAACUGAUUCUGAUGUUUCUUUUUGACCUGAAAAACUCAAAUGAGACCAUCAGGAAGCUGUUUCAUGUUUUCUAUUUUGUUAUUGUCAUGACGUAAACAGCUGCUGCAGGGAGGUGUCAGAUGAAGUGGUUUACAGCAUGCUGAAGAAACGCCUUUUUUAGAACGUUUUCUAUGAUGGCAGAGAUCCCAACGAGUGAUACAAAACUCUACUUUAGCAUGCAUAGGACCACAACAGCAAAGAGAUAAGACCUACCUGUCCACAGGGGGGCGCCAAACACAACACAAACCAAAAGUUCCUCACAGGAUCUUUAAGUGAAGAAUCUUCCAAGAACACUAAAAAAGGCUAAAAUUAGCCUCUUAGCAUGUCCUGUCAUUAAGGGUUCUUCUUUUUUAUCUGUGGUCGAUGCCAAAAGAAGAGUGAUCAGAGGAUCUCAAGUUCUCUAAUUCUGUUCCGGUAUGUUUGGACGCUGCUUUCUUUGUUAUUUUUAAUUAUGUUGAGUGAUUUAUCACAAUCGACAAAGUCCUCAACAUCCUCUUCUAUGGUUGUGUCGAGAUCAAAGUGUUCAAACUUUAAGACUUUUCUCUUUCUGAUUGUUUUUCUGAAGCUAAAAUUUACAAAAGGCCAGUCUUAUAGACUUCUCUGACUCUUGCCUCUAUGUUGUCACCAAUACAACUCUGUAAAUGUCACAUUGGAGGAUCUUUUUUUGUCAGUCUGAACUGAAACAGAUCUGUCAAAUUGUGAUGAAACAGAACAUUUUAAGGCCAUCUUUUAAUAUUUAACAUGUUAUGAUGUUCAUGGGAUUUUCUAUUUUAAAGCAUUGUUACCUCUUUUUACAUUUAUGUUACAAAAAACGUGCAUUAAGCUUCUCACUCAGCUGUACAAACAUUUAAAGCCUGCUAGUUGUCAUCCUUGAAAAUCUAUGCAUGUUAGGACUUUAAUGAUGUUUUAAUGUUUCUGCUCUUAUUCAGUGUUUAAGUUUUGAAGAAUCAAAACCUUUCAAAGCAAAUCUUAUAUUUGUGAGCACUAUAACAGCUGCUGUUAUGUCUGUUUUCUUUUCUGUUUUUAUUUUGCACAUUUACAUAAGAAUGUUGAAUCGCCACCUGUAGUCAGUGUUCGCACGCUUUGGAUCUACCUUUAAAGUGCCUUAUCCAAAUCAAAUCUACUGUUUUUGUUUCGCUGUAAAUAUGCAGGAUGUUGUUUUUUUUUCACCUUUUGACUUUAUACGUGCACUUUUGACUUUAUAAGUUUUAUUUACUGCAUAAAAUAUAAGAACGAGCA